GGAAAAUUGAAGGCAUACCUGAAGCACCUGGAGAAGCAUCUAAAGGAGACAAUGGAGGAUAAAACUGAUCAGCUGAAUGAAAUUGAGGCUCUGAAGGGCUGCACCAAAGACCUCUUGGGUCACAUUUCCGAAGAGUUUGAGGCUCUCCACCAGAUCUUGCACAAGAAAGAACAGGACAUUAAGCUGAUGGUAGAGAAGAUGAAGGCGGAGAACAUGGAGGAAAUGGAGGACUCCUUUACCUCUCUGUUGGGAGAAGCGUCUACACGUACGGAGACCAUUGACAAGGUCAAAGCUGCAUUAGAAGGGACGGACCAUGUUGCCUUUUUGAAGGGCCUUAAGGAGCUGAUGGAGCGAGUCAAGAAGGAUCACCAAGGAGAGACAGAAGAUGAUGAGGAAGCUGAGGAGGAGGAGGAGGAUGAAACAGAAGGGAAGUCUGAUAAUGAUGGAAGUGGGGAUGAGCAAUGUGAAGCUAGUGGCUGGGAAGAUGAAAGCAAUGAAGACCACGAGGAUGAAGAUGAAGGCGAUGAGGAUUAUGAACCUGACGAGACUGCUCAUGAUGGUGAUGAUAGGGUGGUACAUGUAGACCUAGCCCUUGAGAAUUUUGGGGAGUCGCUGGACUUUGAGACUUGGAAGGAAAUGCUGGAGGGUAUCAAACCCAGGCAGGUUUAG